UGAUUAUCUUCAAUGCCACUGGCUGAGCAAUAAUCCAUACUUAUCAGAUGCUGCACUGGAAUUGUCUCCAAAGAUGGAAGUUCUGGGUCGUAACUUCACAGGAGAUUCUGCAGAAACACUGUACUGUUUUCCACAAGUGAAAGGAUCCUGCCGACGAAGUCAAACACUGAUCCUUAUCAAGGUGGUCGUAUAUAUAUUUGUAACCUUCAUCAUUCUGAUGACUAUCUGUGGGAACCUGCUGGUCAUCAUCGCCAUCUCUCAUUUCAGACAGCUCCAUUCUCCAACAAAUCUCCUCAUCCUCUCUUUAGCAUUCACCGAAUGGUUCUUGGGGGGUUUUGUUAUGCCGUAUAGCAUGAUCAGAUCUGUGGAAAACUGUUGGUAUUUUGGAGAAACAUUUUGUAAGAUUCACUCCAGCCUUGACAUUGCGCUGGGCAUUGCAUCUCUUUUGCACCUGGGUCUCAUUUCUGUUGACAGAUAUUUGGCCAUCUGUAAGCCUCUUCAGUACAGGACCUCAGUAACCAUGCACAAGGUAGCAGCCCUUGUUGGAAUCACCUGGAUGUUUUCCUUUGCAUCUGGGUUUGGGGUGAUUCUCUCUGAAAUUAAUUUAGUUGGUAUAGAGGAGUUGUUCAUAAACUCUUGCACAGGCACCUGUUUUUUUGUUUUCAAUAAGCAAGGGGGGGUGAUAGCUUCUUUUGUGACCUUCUUCAUUCCAGGUACAGUAAUGACAGGCCUCUAUAUGAAGAUUUUCCAUGUUGCAAAAUUGCAAGCCAGAAAGAUCAACUGCAGCAUGGCAAUGACAAGAGCACUGCAUGAAAAAAAGGACUGCACAUCUGAACAAAAAGAGAGGAAAGCUGCAAAGACUCUAAGCAUUGUUCUGGGGGUCUUUCUCUUGUGCUGGCUGCCAUUUUUCCUGGUGCUUAUUGUUGAUCCUUUUCUUGAUUUUUCUACACCUGCUGCUGUAUUUGAUGCUCUUUCAUGGUUGGCGUACUUUAAUUCUACCUGCAACCCUCUCAUUUAUGGAUUUUUCUAUCCCUGGUUCCGGAAGGUAUUUAAAAUGUUUUUAUCAGGGCAGAUUUUUCAGAAUGGCUCUUCAUUAUUAAACAUAUACGCAGAGAACAAAUUAUAAUAAAAGGCCUUUAACAGUUUCUCCUAUACAGUUGUAAAGCAAUCACAUUUUUCUAUUUGCUAUUUUUUGCAAUUAACC